UGAAGUUGUUUUACCAAAUAUUUUCUAAAACGGCUCCAGUUUCAUCAAAGAAGUCACUCCACCUCUGGAGCCGGAGCUAUUUUUUAAGAGCCGGAGCCGUGAAAAAGAGCCCCGCUACCCAAUACAGGAGGGACCACCAGACCACUCGUCCUUCCGGGGCGCCGCCUUGUUAACCCUACGACCCAACCGCCGGUCAUGGCGGCUGCGGCGGCGCCCGCCGGCGAAGCCUCCACCUCGGAGCCUGCGGCGGCGAGGGAGAAGCCCAUCGUCGUCCGGGUCAAGCGCAAGCCCUCGCAAACCCGCCCGGACGCUUUCUGGCUAGAUAUUAAUGAAAGGCCAUCCAAGAAGGCGAUGCUCGAUUUCUCCAGCCUCUCCAUCUCCGAACCAUCCUCUUCCUCAUCCAGUGCUAAAGCUUCAGAGGAACAACCACGGGUUAAGAAGCUUCUUGUUCAACACAUAGAGACAGUGCAUCAUUCUCGAGCCGUUGAAGAUGUUUUGCACUCUCUUUUGCUUGCUGACUCAGAUACCAAAGAGAUAAAGAGCAAGACGAAGGAGUGGAAUGACAGAAUCAAGCAAGACAAAAAACCAGACCAGCUGCGGUCAGCAGCCAGGCAAAGGCAUGAGGAUUUGGGAAGAAAUGCCCGCUUUGCACAAAUAUGGAAGAGUCGGAAAGGAGAAAAGGAUGAAGCUGAUGAAUCACUGAGAGAAAUAUGCCAUCUUUAUGAUGCUGUCCAAGUAGAUCCGGAUGAAGAGAAGAAUCCAGCAGAACCACGUCCCAGCAGGAUCACUUCUUUCGAAGAGGGUGCUGUUCUAUGCAACUUUCUUCCACUUAUACGGGAGUACUUGCCAUCAGCUGCUGUGGAAAUCGAGUCAGAUAUUAUUUCAUUGGCGCAAUCAGAAGAUUCAGAAGUUUAUGACAUCUAUACUGUCAAGGAGGUGGAUGAUACAAACAUGGAGGAUAUGUCAGCAGCUUCAUAUCCACGGUUACAAGUGGAUGAUGACGAAGAUGAAUGCUAUGAUGAUGACUACCCCUAUGAAACAGAUGAUUCAAAUGCGGAAGACAAUCCACUUUUUGAUUAUCCUGAAGAAUUGUCAGAGGAUGAGGAUGAUGGUAGCAACGAUGAGGAUCCUUUUGAAGACAUGGAAGGUUCUGGCUCUGAGUACGAAAAGGAAGAAGUAGAGGUGGAAGCCGACAAGCAAUGGUGAUAUGAAACUGCGGAGGAAAGGUGCAGUUGUAAAUGCAGGGAUGCUAGUGUGUGAGCUGAAUUUGAUGUGAUGAAGGGAUGAUUACUGAAUCUUUGUGUUGCUCAUGCUGGGAAAGGAAUGGGCGUGCUCAGCACUGACCACUGUGUAUCACAUCACUUAGUAUACAUUGUAUCUUAGUGUAUGAUAAGGUGUUCCCUGCAUUACCAGAGGACAGGAGAAGAAUCUAGCUAGGAAUCCUUUGGGGUUUGAAAAUGCCAUGCGUGUUGCUUUGUUUUAUUAUACUGUGUAAUGAUAUUACUCGUA